AUGAAUUUAGAAUUGCUUGAAUCUUUUGGACAAAAUUAUCCCGAGGAAUUUGAUGGAGUCCUUGAUAGUAUAUCAUUAGCUGUGACAUGUGUGUUUAACAAAUAUGGCACACUCUUGGCAGUUGGAUGCAAUGAUGGCCGUAUAGUAAUUUGGGAUUUCUUAACUAGAGGAAUUGCAAAAAUUAUCACAGCUCAUAUGCAUCCUGUCUGUUCCUUAAGUUGGUCGAGGAAUGGACAUAAGUUAUUAAGUGCAUCCACCGAUAAUAAUGUUUGCACUUGGAACAUAUUGAGUGGCGAAAGAGAAGAAAUGUAUAAAUUUCCGUCUCCCGUGUUAAAAGUCCAAUACCACCCAAGAAAGAAAAAUUUAUUCCUUGUUUGUCCAAUGAAACACGCAGCUGUGCUCGUAGACACCGAAGGCAACCAUAAAUUAGUUCCAAUGGGCGAAGAUUCUGAUCUGAUGAUAGUUGCUUCGUUUGAUCGCCGUGGAGAAUAUAUUUAUACAGGAAAUGCUCGUGGUAAAAUAUUGGUUUUGACUUGUCCUGAUCUUGAGCUUAAAGUCUCGUUCAAAGUAUCUACCGGAAUGACUGGUAUAAAAAGUAUUGAAUUUGCACGAAGAGGAGAUUGCUUUUUACUCAAUUGUUCAGAUCGUGUCAUUAGAGUUUAUGACGCUAAACAUGUUUUGGAUACAGGAAAAGAAGGAGAACCAGAACCCAUUCAAAAACUCCAAGAUUUAGUCAACAAAACAAUGUGGAAGAAAUGUUGUUUUUCUGGUGACGGUGAAUAUGUUUGUGCAGGUUCGGCUAGGCAACACGCUUUGUAUAUUUGGGAAAAAAGUAUUGGAAACUUGGUGAAAAUAUUACAUGGAACCAAAGGAGAACUUCUUUUGGAUGUUGUUUGGCAUCCAGUCCGUGCAAUAAUAAGCAGUAUAUCCAGUGGCUUAGUAUCCGUAUGGGCACAAAACCAAGUAGAAAAUUGGUCAGCAUUUGCACCUGACUUUAAAGAGCUUGACGAAAAUGUUGAGUAUGAUGAGAGAGAGUCCGAGUUUGACUUGGAAGAUGAAGACAAAUCAAUUACAAAAGAUAUACAACGAUGUGAUGAAGAUUUUGAGGUUGAUGUGGAAAGUGCUGAACCUGUAGCAGCAUUUUGUAGUUCAGACGAAGAAGGAGCUAUCGAAGACCACAAGGAAGCUCUUAUGUUUUUACCUAUUGCUCCAGAAAUCGAAGAUCCUGAACCUGAUAUGCCACCACCUCCAGUUGCAACAUCUACUUCAUCCAAAUGCCGUACAAUUGAUAUUCAUUUAGACAAUGCUACUGACGAAGUACAUCCAUUGUUGAGUAAUAAAACCAAAGAUAAACAACUCACUGGAGGUAAAAAAGGUCCAAAAAGAGGACCAAAACAACAAUAA